CUCUUAUCUGCUUUGUAACUUUUGAAAUUUGGAUAAUUUUCUUAUUUACAGAUUGAAGAUUAUUCUGGUGGAUCAUCUCUUGCCUUUAUUAAUAUAUAUUAUGUUUUCUUCCUUGCACCACAUCCCAAUAUCUGGUCAAGGCCACUUUUUUCUCCUCUGUCCAUGAUCUCUGUAGUUUGCAUUUCUGUAGAAUUAUUUAGAAUGAUUGGUGGGUAAAUUAGGUUGGUCUCUGAAAAGGUACCUCCAAUGCCAAAGUUUAUGUAAACUUUAUUUACAUAAUGUUAGACCCCGAGGCGUAACUAGAAACCACGGGCCUGGUGUAAAAACUGCUGUGCCCCCUCCCCCCAUACGUUGCCCAGAUAUACAUGCAGACACACACACACCUAAGAGCAUGGGCCACCGCACGUGUUCUACCGCAACACACGGCGGCGGAUGCCACUGUCGCAGGUGUCCGCAGGGCAGCCAGGCCCCCUGGAUUGGCGGGCCCGGUAGCAGCUGCGACCACCGUAGUUCCGCCACUGGUUAGUCCUUACCUUGGCCUUAUUGUUGUACACUAAAGAUAAAGGGGAACUGGAGGGACAAAAACGAUUACUAGUUUUUAAUUGCAAAAACAAAAAACAGCGCCACUUUAAAUCUCCCUUAAAUGCAACAGUUCAUGUGACUGGCAGAGGAUCAACAAUAUAACUCCAAACAGCUGGAGUGCCACAUAAUAAAAUCACUGUAUAGACCAUAUUCUUUUAUUGUAGUAGAAUGUUACUGAAUUUGCUGGCCUUUAACAAAAUGGUUGUCUAAUAGGUACAUUAUUGAUGGGAGUCCUCAAAAAAUACAUCUGGUGUAGAGCACAGAAGUUAGAAAUACCAGGAAUAAUGUAUUGGUAUCCAUGGCAUCUAAAGGUUGUCUUCGAAGUGGAGGAUUUAUCAAAACCCAAAAUGUUUUUUACUUUGCAGAACUAAUCCAGUGAAGCCAAUGAACGCUUCUCAGAACAAGCCCUCUUCCACCUUCUCACAGCCCAUCAAAGGUUACGAGAAUGCAUUGAACACUGUCAAGGUAAUGUAAUCUUUAUAAAUAAAACUCCGUGCUUUACACGAAAUUCUACAUUGCCAUUAUGGCAGUACACCCUUUCAUGAAGCAACAUUGUGUUGCAUUAACUUAUUAAAGCAAGUUUUGCAAAAACCCCAAAGGUGACCUCUCUCCUCGGGGAUGAAGUGACAACAUUGUGCAAUAGGAGGUAGUUACUUUACUUACCUAAAGCUGUCCCUCGCUGCUGCUGCCAUCUUCUUGGGGACAUUCUUCAGCUCCUGGCACUCUGUGCGGCCUAUGGAGGAUCCUGCAAGAUGGUGGGAUCUUCCAUAGAUCAUGCCUUACAAUGAGCUAGACAAUACAGCUAUUUGACUGACCACUACUGGGAUUUGACAAACCUUGACAGUGAAGCUCCUCAGGUUUGUCCGUAAGUCCCUACCUUAUCUUGUAUCAAAUUUGGAUUGUGUUGGAACUCCAAUGAAAUUCCAGCACAGUCAGUACUAUACCUUUGUGAGAUAUUGAGAAGAGACAGAGCCACUAUAACUCACAUUUGGGGAAAUCAAAGCUGUCCAUAAAGUUCCCUUUACAAAAAAAACAAAACAUCAAAUCAAUGAAGCUACAGACACUCCCAUGAGAACAGAUAGUGUAUACAAAUCCAGUUGUUCUCUUUUCUAAAAGGCUUUCUAGCCAAAACUGAUGCAGGCAAUAUUCUUACUGAAAGCAUAGUGUUAACACGAAUUUUUUCAUGUAAUGUAAAACAGUCAUUUUAACUGACUUGAUACUAAUCCUUAAGAUUAUAUUUUACAUUUGGUUUCUAGUUGAUCACUCAACAAAUAAAGUUAACUUGUCAAAAUAAGAUGUUUCUCCUAGUUCUUAAAUUAAUGUUUGUCCUCUCUGCAGAAAUACGACCCCUCUGAUCCAGCCUCUGCCUAUGCACAGCUCACACAUGAUGAGCUUAUACAGCUAGUUUUAAAACAAAAAGAAACCCUUACAAAGAAAGAAGCACAAGUGCGGGAGUUGGAGGAUUACAUCGACAAUCUGCUGGUUCGGGUCAUGGAGGAGACGCCCAACAUCUUGCGGAAUGGAGUACCUCUAAACAAGAAGGCUGGCAAAGUUUAAAAUCCAGGCUCACUAACUGGCAAGAACUGACUGCACUGCUCACUUUCAGUGUGAUAACAUAAUGGGGUCGCACAGCUUACCACUUGGUUUUUGGGGAAGAGCUGAAGUAUAAUCUACCCAGAUUAUGUUAUCUAGGAUGAGUGAAUCUUAUCUCCUUAUUGCUUUAAUAGAAAGAUUUACGUGUUAAUUUAUCUAAAGGAAUAUUUAACUUUUCCAUUGCUAUUCAGGUUAAAUUUACUAACCUUACAAAAUAGCCACGCAGGCAUUAUUUUGUUAGUCAGUAAGAGCCUUGUGCCUUUUUGUGGGUACUGUUGGUAAGUAAACUAUUUACUUAAACCUGCAUGUGGUGAAAUUUCCCACCACUAUAGUCUUCCUCUUCUAGUGCCUUUAGACUGUGUGCUUUUUAUGGACAUCCAAUAAUUGUCCAUCAACUCUUUUAGAAUUAAUUUAAAUCCAAGCUGCUGACUGAAGAUGCUGUCACAGCAAUAUUUGUUUCACUUUAAUUAGGGUGGUAAUUACUUGGUCAGUGUGCAAUAAGUCUUUACAGGAUGUAUUCAGGUUCACGGCCUUUCACAAAAGAUAAAAUUAUCUGCAAAAUUCUUUAGUUUGGGAUGCCAAACUAUCUUACAUGCACGUUGGUGGCUGUAAAGCCCCCUGAGUAAACUACAGUUAAUCCUGGAAUGCCUUGCUGACAUAUUUAACUCGGUACGUUAAGCUUCCACCUUCUCAGAGACCUCACACUCGGUACUACUUUCCUUUAGAUCAAUCGCACGUGUAUUUAAAAAUAAUAGUCUACAUUUGCUACUUGUAUAUAAGUUGGUCUGUAAACACUGUAAAUAGAUCAGAAUUUCUUCCUACUUUUCCACUUGCCACUUUCUUUAAAUGAAGAAUUGUAGAUUUCUAUCUUUUUUUUUUUUUUUUUUUUAAUCUGCAUUUUUAAAUGAACAAAUUCCUUUCUGUCAAUGAAGACCGUACUUGUGUUGCAAAGACAAUCUUACCAUAGAUUUCACAUACAUAAUAAUAAAUUAUCUUUGGAUAUAUACCAGGUCAGAUUACAGAAGUCUAUUACACAUAAUUGAUAGUUAAUCUAAUUUCUGCCAUACCAGGCAUCUAACUUUUCUACAAAUGUGCCACCAGCUUUCUGGUGAAAAUGAGACCUCAUUGUGAUUAUACAAGUACUGGGUUUUUAUAAAGCCUUAAGCAGUGGAGUAGAAAGAUACAUAUGCACUGGGGAAACAAACUGCUUUGACUAAUCAAGGCUGACUUGAGAGGUUUACACAACUUGACCACAGAGUACCACUGAACUGCCAGGGUUGCAGAAUUUGUGUAACAGAAAGUCAUAUGGUUUGAAGGACAAUCUUGUCAACAUUGUAGAGCGCAUUUAUUGCUGUGCGACUUUGUUUUGACAUUAAGGAAAGUGUUUUUGAAUCUUUAAAGUGGUAUUUGGUUCUCUGUUGAUUUGUCUUUAUGUAUGUGUUUGCCAGAUUCCGCCAUGCAUUAGUCUGUAUGUCUGGUGCAGGAUGUGGUCUAUUAUAAUUUCCCUAAUGUGCAAUUAUCAAGGAUGCAGUUCCUAUUGACAUGGGAAAUUCUGGUGGCAUAUGUUUGACAAAUAUAACCUGCUUCCAAGAUAUAUCUUGCAGGGUGUUUUGAAUAUUAUAAUACACUGGUUUACUGUUUAACCAAUUCAUUUUACAUUAUAUCUUAAAACACAAUGUGUAUCUGUUUUAUCUCACAUGUAGUGCCUUGAAACAGUGUUUUGGGUUUUUUUUGUAAUUGGACAACUCCAAGACAAAUCUUGAGGGAGAAUUCGUGUAGGAAGUGAUGCUGAGAUUUGACUGUGAAAUAUAAGGUUCAUAUGCGUUCUCCAACACAGAAUAAUAGGUCAGGUUUAUUCAUAUCACUAAACAUUGUCCCAUAUUUUGCCUAAUGUAAUCUUUAGUAAAUUUAGAAUGCUUGCUAUGCAGUCAGUGACUCUUGUGGCCUAUCUGGUAACCCAGUCAAUCAUGGUAAGAGCACUAAGGCUACAGUGCUUCCUUGCUCAACACAAUUGUAAGUAAAUGGUUUAAAAAUGUAGAAUUGUUGGUGGUUGGACGCGUUUAUUGACCAGAGGUUUGGACCUCGGAUGACCACAUUAUCCAGAGAACAAAUCUGUGGGGUUUUUUUUUAUAGGGGUGGACAAGUGCUUUGACAUGAGGAAGUCAGAGAUAAAUGUAUCAUUAGAUGUAUAUUUCUCUACAGCGAUUGCAUGUUUAGAGGAGUAAAUCAUUUGGAUAUAUUUUAAUAUAAUCACUUGAAUAAACAUCUGAGAAAUGUUUUGACAAAUGUCAUGGAAACCUUUUAGAAAGACUGACAUUAAAGCACUUUCUCUGAUUUGAUCUUCCACCAAUCACAGUGCCUAUUUUAAUGUUUGUGUUGAUUGAAGUUUGUUUCCCCCCCCUCCCCAAAUUCAUUCCUAAACAUGAGUGGCAGCAUGCCUUCUAGGGACAGAUGACCUGCUGGCCUCCAGCACUUUAACAAGACUGCAGAUAUAGAAUGUAUACACUGGAAUGUUUGUAGUGAUGAUCUAUUUAUAAAGAUAUUGAAUAUGAAUUUUUUGAAUUUGAAAAUGAAAUGAUUUACCAUAAUUGUGUCGAGUCUGUUUCUUAGAGUGUGUGCUAAAUGGUCUAUUUUCUAUGCAAUACACAUGAGGUUCUUUAAAUUUCUUUUUUUUUUUUUUUAAUACUUGAAAUAAGUGUAACCCUUGCAUGUCAAUCAUUCAGACCUAUACACAGAACAAAUAUAAAAAUAUUGAAAUAAAAUAUAUCCUGG